AUGAAGAAAUGGUGGAAUUGGCUUUUAGGAAUAGCGUUAUUUUGUUUAUUAUUUAUCGCGAUACCUCUAACUUAUACCGGUGAUAGCCGAGAAAAAUUGAAAUCUAUGUUUGAUGAUUAUAUCCAAAAGUUUAACAAAACUUAUAAAAACAAUACAGAAGAAUAUGAAACAAGAUUUAAUUACUUCGUGGCUUCUGUAAGAGAAAUAGAAGUUCUUAACUCGCAAGCUAGAGGUCCUGACGAGCACAAAGCUCGAUACGGUCUGACGAAAUUGUCUGAUAUGUCUAAGGCUGAAUACAGGGAUAUUCAUCUCUCUGAUGAGCAGCCUCAUAAGAGAGAAAACAUACAAAAUAAGACCCAUCACAAAGGACAUAAACAUACUAGAAGCUUAGUCGACAUUGAUAUUUCUAAAAAUGAUGACUCCUCUGGUAAUUCACCUCACGACAACAUUUACAUUAUAAUCAGAAGGCGAAGGGCCUCUUUGCCCUUAAAAGUUGAUUGGAGGACGAAGGGUGUCGUAGGCCCAGUCCGGGAUCAGGGUCUCUGCGGUGCCUGCUGGGCUUUUAGCACAGUCGGUAUCAUAGAGUCGAUGGCAGCUAUGAACAGUGGUACACUUAAAUCCCUUAGCGUGCAGGAAGCAAUUGACUGCGCCGGUCUGGGUAAUAGCGGUUGCGAAGGUGGCGACAUCUGCUUACUACUCGACUGGCUGAUGAUAACCAACACGCCAGUGCAAAGCGACACCGAUUAUCCUUUGAAGCUCAGGGAUGGGAUGUGCAGGGCCAACGCGAGCUCGGCUGGUGUUCUAGUGGACAGUUUUACUUGUAACGAUUACGUGGACGCCGAGGAUAAGAUACUGGAGGCGAUAGCAAAUCACGGUCCCGUCACUGUGGCAGUAAAUGCCCUCACUUGGCAGAACUAUCUCGGUGGAGUCAUACAGUAUCAUUGCAGCGGUGAACCGCGCGAUCUUAACCACGCCGUCCAAUUAGUCGGCUACGAUUUAUCGGCCGAGGUUCCAUAUUAUAUUGUAAAGAACUCUUGGGGCAAAGAGUUUGGCAAUGGAGGCUAUUUACAUCUGGCGAUUGGAAACAACGUGUGCGGGCUGGCGAACGAAGUCGCCGCCGUCUAUGUUAAAUAG